GACUGAGUGGAGCCCCCCCCCACCGGCCUGUGAACUCCCACUGACACUGAGACUCUGAUCCGACGCCAACGUCCUCCAUGACGCCUGAUGAAGACGCCUGAUGCAGACGCCUGUAGGAGACCAUGACCGCUGACAAAGAGAAGAGACGUGCGAUCAGCCGGGAGGCGGCGAGGAAGCGUCGGAGGGUGGAGUCUGAUGUGUUUGGAGACCUGUCCAGGCUCCUCCCCCUCCAGCCCAGCGCCAGAGCCCACCUGGACAAGCCGUCGGUCAUACGCCUCACCCUCAGCUACAUCCGCCUCAACGCCCUGCUCAAAGGUAACUUCAGGACGGGGGCGGUGGACGCUCAGCUGAACGGAACAUGUGACCACGGCGGUGAAAAGGAGGAAACCAGCCUGUACCUGAGGAUCCUGGAGGGGUUUCUGAUGGUGGUCUCCACCGACGGAGACAUGAUCUUCCUGUCUGAUAAUGUCAGCAGAUACAUGGGUUUAACACAGACUGAGUUAAUGGGACACAACAUAUUUGAGUUCACGCACCCAUGUGACCACGAAGAAAUCCGAAAUAACCUCCGUCUGUCACCAGAUGAAUUCUGGGGCGGAGCCAAACGGGAUUUCAUCAUGAGGAUUAAAAGCGCUUUGACCCAAAGAGGGCGGAGCGCCAACCUCAAAUCAGCCACGUGGAAGGUUCUUCACUGUGAGGGCCGCGCGAUGGUGAGCGUUGCCCCGGCGACCGUCUCCUGCCUCCUGUUGACGUGCCAACCGCUGCCUCUGAGCCACACCCUCCUCAGCAAACACACCUUCACCAGCCAGCACAGCAUGGACAUGAGGUUCACCUACUGCGACCACAGAGUGACAGAGCUCCUAGGCUACAGCCCUGAGGAGCUCCUAGGCCGGUCCAUCUACAACCUCUGCCACGCCCUGGACACCAGCUGUUUGACCAAAAACCACGUCAGCUUGUUUCUGAAGAGCCAGUCGGUCAGCAGCCGCUACCGGAUCCUGGUCAAAGGCGGAGGCUACGUCUGGGCCGAGAGUCACAGCGCCGUCAUCCCCAGCAUCCGGCCGUCCAGGUCGAGGGGCGGAGUCACACAGCCGCUCUGCAUCCUCUGUGUCACCUACAUCCUCAGUGAGGUGGAGCAGCCUUUCCUCCAGCUGUCUGUGGACCAGACCGUCCAGAGGUUCAACAUCUGAGACCCCACCCCUACAAACACACCCCCUACCUCUGAUUGGCUGAAUACUCCACCUGCUGUCAUCACCUGUCAAUCAUAAUAAACAGCCCUUCAACUCAGCCCUCCUCUGUCUGAUCUGCUCAUGUUUAAUAAAAACUC